AUGGCAACUCACAGGAAUAUUACCGAUGGUCUUCUCUGUAAACUAGCAGAAAACAUCGAGCCAGAUGAACAGAUGGAGACAUUGGCACGAAAACUCGGAUUCGAACAAGCAGCCAUCAAUAGAUACACAGAGACCAAUAUACUAGAAGGACAGGUCACGUGUAAGGGAACACGUGACAUGCUGUUUGACUGGAGACAGAGAGUGGAGCCAUCCAAUCAGCAUCCUAGACUGAGACAAGCUCUCAUUGAUGCUAAUCUAAUCAUGCUUGCAGAUACUUAUCUCAAAAAGACGUUAGUCACCCAAGUUCCAGAUAUCUACAGUAAGAAGAUUUCGGAAUCUCUGACUGUUCGAAAAUGUCGCACAAUCUUGGAGGAUAAGUACUCGAAUUGGCUGUGCAAGAUCCAAAUGAAGCCUUAUGACAAAGAUGAUUAUGCAGAGUUUGAAGAUAUGCACACCGUUGUUACCAUGGUAAAGAAGGACAGUCGUGGAAAUGAUAUUAAGGAAAAGGAAAUAUUGCAAGGCUCUGUUGGGAAAAUCUUUUCAGCCAAAGUAAAUGGAAAGUUUCCAUCUCGAAUCCUUAUUUCGGCUCCGGCUGGACGAGGAAAGACGACAGCUGUUGCUAAGAUGGCACACGACUGGGUUCACAGAGAGGAAGGGUCAGGAUUAGAAGACUUGCCACUUCUGUUCGUAGUCAAGUUUCGAAACACAAGCCACAGUACAUCGAUCGGAGAAGCCAUCAUAUCACAACUCCUGGGUGAUGUUAAAGAUCUGACGCCAGAGGGCCUGGAGGAGUUCAUCAGACAGCAUCAGGGAAUCUGUCACAUUGUAUUCGAUGGGCUCGAUGAGUAUGCUGGUAUCUCUUCCUCAAGCAAUAUCAUGAGCAUUCUCCGCUGGAUAAUGUUUCCACAAUGUCGAGUGCUUGUAACAACACGACCUCACCUCGAAAACAUUUUCAGUCAAGGAGGUCUACCAAGGGUGUACAUGAAGAUGGGGAUCGAAGGAUUCUCGAGAGAGAGCUCUUGUGAUUACAUUGACAGGUUCUUUACUUCUGUUCAGAAACCUAUGAAAGCGGAUGGUCUGAAAGUCUACCUCGAUGAACAACCCCUUAUUGAGGAACUAGUAAAAACUCCGUUAUUUUGCCUCAUGGUCUGUGAUUUGUGGUCUGAAGAUCUACUUAACAUUGAGACUACAAAUCAAACAGAAUUACUCGACAAAUUUAACGUAUUUUUAAUGUUACACGCAAAUGCCCGGACACCUGACUUGAUGAUCACUCACGAACAACUAAACAAAAUAAUAUUGCAACUGGGUAAAGUUGCUCUAACUGGUCUACUUGCUGAUUCUAAGAAGUUGGUAUUUACCCCUCGUGAUUUUCAGAAGAUUCCCUCUGUCCUCGAUAAGGCAUGUGAGUUAGGGAUAGUAUCCAAGACAACUGUAUCAAACGAACACCUUUCUCAAACUAACGAAACAAGUUCUACCACUAUAGAAUUUUAUCACAAACUUGCCCAAGAACACGCAGCCGGAAAGUUCCUUGGUGAUGAAACUAACAAUUUUCUGCUUAAUUUGAAGAUUUCUAAGUUAGACCAAGUGCUGCGAAAGAUUAAUGAAAACAUUGUUGAAUAUGAAAAUCUUAUUCGUUUGGCUGCUGCCACGAAGAGCACCGCAUGCGUUCGAAUCAUGGAGAUGCUCCUUACAAAUAGAUAUUUAUCUGAGAGUGAGCGAUGUCGUAUCAUCCUUGAUUGUUCAUCAGAGUCUGGAAUUGAAGAUGUGAAGGUGUUGCCAUUGGUUCGAAAGUGUAUUGCGUCACAUACUAUGCACUUAAAGUCACCAACAGUCUAUACUUGCGUUGGAAUAAGAAAUCUACCAGUGGAACUGAAAAACGAGGUUCAGGUAGUGGCGAUCGAAGAAUCAACAACGACAACCUCCGUGACAAAUAAACUAUGGCACUGCCUUCGAUCAUUACCGACGUUCACAACUUUGGACAUCUCAGACUCGUAUCUCAGCUUCCCUCCAUCUCCUCCUGAGCUACCAUCCGUCACAAAGCUAUCAGCUACGAGAAUGAUGUCACAAUGCUGCAAUCAUUUGAUUUCUUCACUACCAUGCUUGCGAAAUAUCGAUGUCAAAGAUGCCUAUAAAGAAGACUUUGUUGAUGUUCUCGAGUCAUCAACAUGUUUGACAUCAUUAGAGCAUCUACAUGUAGGAUCUCGUGAUGGCUGGUAUUUUAAGUUUGAUGCAAGCUCAGGUGUUCAGGUAAGAAUAACAACGUCCGAAGAGUCUGAACUCACUGCUGACGUGACGAGAAGAAUGUGGUCAUGUCUCAAGUCAUUCCCCAGUUUACAUACUAUUGGGUUCACAGACUCUUAUCUAAGCAUUCCAUCAUCUCUUCCUGAGCUCCCAUCAUUCGGUCGCCUGACAGCCGAGAGAAUGACACUAAAUUGUUACAAAAGUGUACUAUCGUCUCUACCUAAUGCAAGGGAGCUUGAUGUAUCCCUCGUAAUCGAAGAUACAAGCAUGAACACUUUCGAGAUCACAACCGAUACCAAGCCGAUGAAAGAAGUGACAGAAUAUCCACACGAUAUUGACAUGGUCAAUAUAACACUUCAGCAUUCGACAGCACCGACAUCAGAUGUAAUGAAUGAAGUACAAUACACAUCUCAAGGGAUUACCCUUUCAUUUGAAGAUGAUACAAAGGAACAUUGGCGACUAUUUGUUUGUGGGGAGAUGGACAAAUAUGAACCUAUUAUGGUUGACCUGUUUGACAGGACGACGCAACUGCCCUUCCUGAAGUCUAUCUCUUAUAAAUCACCAAACGCGGUCGACCGUGUUGAAGUCGAGUCACCACCUUCCGAGGCAAAGACCGAAUCCGAGUCACAACUAUCUGAGUCCGGUUCACAACUCCCUGAAUCCGAGUCACAUCUCGCUGAGUCCGAGUCACGACUCUCCAACUUCGACUCUCAGUCACGAACUUCCCAGCCCACCGUCCAACCUGAAGAAAUAGAUAUCCUUACUGCUGUACAACUUGGCCAUACCUCUGCUAUUGAGAGGCUCAUGCGUCAUGGAGCUGAUAUCAAUGCGCCGUCAAUUGAUGGUCAGAUCUGUCUUCAUAAUGCCAUCAAAUUUUGCUACAAAAUAGAGAGAAAUGUAGAAGAAACUGACACCCUGAAAAAGAUUUCUGAUGAGGUUUACAAUGGAAGCCUAACACUCGAGAGGGCAUUGGUGUUCUAUCUACUUGAUAAUGGUGCUAGGGUAGACGUGAAAGAUGGGUCAGGCAAACUACCAAUCCAUUACGCUAAGGAUGACGUGAUCAAACAGAUGAUUUUUUCGAGGUAUAAAUCCGUAGAGGAAAUGCAGUCUUAUCGAGAAAAACCAGCACAACGUCCAGACUUAACUGUUGUAGCCGACGGAUGUGUUCCGAAGGAGAUUGAAUUGGAAGAUCGCGGAGUAUCAAUGCUUAUUCCAUCGGAUGCUAUCCAUCGGGAUGAAACACCUCAGAUCACUCUCACCCUUCUACGCGACCCUACCAGUCUUGACAUUAAAGACGAUGAGUCAUUGGCCUGCUAUGGUAUUAGAUGUGAUCCUCCUAACAUGGGGUUCCUCCGGCCUGUUAAGAUCAAGAUACCUCACGCAACAUUGGUAGCCAACCCAGAACAAGUCAAACCAGAAAUCAUUCUAUAUGAAUGGGAUUCAGUAAAUGAUCUACCAAGAACCACAAGACAUAGUUCAUCCAACUCUCCAAACAAACCACCAUACUGCAGACUGUAUGAGAGAUAUCUUGAGUUAUACAUUGGCCACUGUGCUGAGUGGUGGGUUGUUAUUCCUCUAGAACAACAUGUGAUCCAACAUCGGUUUAUGUGCGUUCCAUACAUCCCAGACAGGGUAGACAGUGGAAAAGCGAUCGACGUCCAUCUUAUAAUGCAUGCCAACCUACCUGAUAUGGACGCGGAAAUCCAAGAGGAGGAGAAAAAGCAGUCAUAUCACAAAGCCCAUCCAUCCAUUCCUAUUAGUCUUGCAACCAAGUCUGGCAGUGUGGAUGUGAUAAGUUAUCGCAAUGAUCAGGCAAAGGACAAUAAGCCUGAGCGGCGAGUUCUCUCCCUCAAAGAUGCUCUAAGUAAAAUCAAACACCAGAUCGUUCUACCCGUAACUUCACAUGAUGAUGACACAGAUAUCCCGGUUAAUAUCAAGGUUACACAGAAAGGGAAGAAGUACGAUGUGUCGAUGUCUCUUUCCUUCAUCAUUAGAUGUUCAGGUGAAAGGGAUUUGGAGCCCACUCCUUUUAAUCGGGUGGUUGAAGAAGUUUCUCGAUGUGAUUUCCAGGAUAGCGACAUUCUCAACAUUGCUGAAAAGAUGACAGUGGAUCAGUUUUAUGAUUUAGGGGUAGCUCUCGGUUUCAAAAUUCCACAGUUGCAUGCUAUAGAAUACAGAAGAUUAGCAGACAGGCAGCAGGCAACCUUUGACAUGCUGGUAACUUGGCGAAAAACACAAACCUCUCCUCAAGGGGCCAAGGAAAAACUUAUUUCAAUCAUGGAAUCGUUGGACUCAUCGACCACAGAGAUGGACAUAAGAAAAAUCACAAGUUUGUAUAUUUUUGUUGGUGCGGGUGUGUGUUUUUGUGGGGGUGGGAUGGCUGAGGAGAGAGAAAAGAACAUCUGUCUAUUGUGAAUAUGAUAGGGGGGUAAAGAAUCUGAUAUUAAUUUUAUGUAUACGACUUCGUGGGUGUUAAUGUGAAAGAGCGCAAACACAACUUUGCUUGCAGUGAGUGAGGAUGAUGCAUGUCUCACCAACCAAAUCAUGUGAGCUGCAAAUGUUUGAUAUUUUGACCUGGAUACUUGACAUUUUAAAUACUGUUUGUAACCAUGAUCAGGAUGGGUAAAAUUAAACAAGUGAUGCGAGCGCGAAGCGCAAAAUGAAACUCUUUGUCUUUCUAACCCAAAAGCUAUAUCUUCAAAAUGAUUUUGAUACGAUGGCAUCUUAUUGGAAAAAAAUAACAAAUAAUGUUUGUUAACCAGGCUUCUUUAGAAUAGUUCAAAUUCUUCGUGUCUAAUUGACAUCUUCAUUAAUUCUUCUUCACAUAUGUGGUUAUCCGUGGUCCUUGGUGUUCCAUAGGGAAGCAUUCUCGGCCCAAUUCUAUUUGCAACGUAUUCCAAUAUCAUGCGUAUUUAAGAAAAAAUACCGCCACCUAUUAUUUAACGCAGAUGACAUGGUUCUGCUUUUCAAAUCACAAUUUGUUAAAGAAAGACAGCAGACUUAAGCGAAACACUGUUAACACACAUGACUUAUAAUAGUUUAUCCUCUUGGCCAAAAACAGAUAUCACUUUCUCUCGUAUUAGAAGAAAUACUAAAGUUUUAAAUUUGAUGUGAUAUAAAAUAAUCUGGUAAAUUGUUGGUUAUCUAAGAGGGGGAUUAGUUGAUUCAAUUGUAAAAUAACG